AUGACGUCAUCGAUGUGCGGACUGUCCGCAUUCAAUGGAUUCUCCGUUAAACCAUCCAUGAUGACCAAUUCUCCGGCUGCGACCACAUUACCUUUUGGAUUGGGUCCACUUCCAUCCGGACUCUAUCCAACUGUGACACCGAAUCACCUGAUUCCUGGAAGCUCUGUUUACACAAACAACACAUUGAAAUAUGGUCUGGACUCGGGGAGCACAAAUUCCUCGAUGCGGUUCGCUCCUUCGUUUUCGUCUACCGCCUCUUCCUCUUCGAUGGCUAUACCAUCUGCCACGACCUACUCAUUGUCGGGCUCGGCCCAAACAGUAUCCAAUCGACCAGGUCAGGAUAGUUUGGCUCCGAAUGUCACCGGUUUGUCUACUACACAUCAGUCUUCGGAAAUGAGCAAUUCACGCAUGGGUUCACAAUCAAAUCAGCCAUUUAUGAACUAUAUUCGACACUGUACGCGAGCCAGUCCAGUCACAGUGCAAUGGCUUUUGGAAAAUUACGAGUCGGCUGACGGGGUCAGUUUAUCACGCAGUGCACUUUACUCACACUAUCUGAGUCAUUGUUUGGAACACUGGUUGGAACCAAUGAAUCCGGCAUCGUUCGGCAAACUAAUUCGUUCUAUUUUUGUCGGGCUACGCACUCGUCGAUUGGGCACGCGAUUUCUGGCAGCUGCGAAAGAAGAUCUACUUCUGCGACAGAUUGGUGUAUCGUAUGGACUAAACACGGGUCAUUUGAACACUACGGGUAAUACUGGUAGUAUUGGCCAAAAGUCGAAUCUCGGUGCAUCUUCCUUAACUGGUGGUUUCUGGCGCAGUUGGGAUUCCCGAUCACGAUCCUCACUGAGUCGUCUCCAUCCGCGAACAACCGGCGGAGGAGGAUUGAGUUCACUGGGCCCUGCAGGUAUAAACAGUUCGUCAAACAAUUACGAUCGUGCUAUGAGUUGGCCUCGAGCCUCCAGUGCGCUUGGUGCACCCGGUCCGAUGCGAAUGACUCAUGGACACAGCAGUUCAUUUGCAUACGAUCAGCAUAGACACUCGGACGUGUCACACUGGAGCACUCCUCGUGCAGAAAAACAGAACAGUUCCAUUCCAGAAAGAUCCCAUUUUGGAUUACAUGCGACCCAGAAACUGGAUUUUCCCAAACUCAUCGAUAUAUGUGAGGCUGCCGGGUUAACACUCACUGAAGCAGAUUUGUUCUCGUCGAUCAUGAAAUCUGAAGCGUAUGAGACAAAUGCCGAUUCUUCUUCCGGUGGUGUUGGAACGGGCACAAAUGGGAGCGGUGGGAAAUUCACCACACUUCAACUAGCGCAUUUUGUCAAACUGUACGAAUCGCAUUGUGAACAGGUGUUUACGGUUAUCAUCAAUUUGCAACUGGAAAAUCUUCGUUCUAUUUGGCAUCAAUUCUGGCGUUCCACUGACGGCCUAGUAAGUGUACGGAUUUCACUUACAUAG